UAUACAUACUGUUAUAUAUGUAAUAUGGGGUAGACCUAAGUUAACAUGCGCCGACUAGAGGGUGGUUGAGUAUUUUGUAUGUCAGUUCCGAAAUACACACGAUUGAGCUAGCUCGGUAUUUCAUUGCUGCUCCUAGAUAUAUCUUAAGGACCUUUCCAGUAUUCCCUAGUUACAUAUACAAUAAUCUGGCGACGAGUCGUGAUCGAAUCAGCGAGUGCGCGAACGUGGUUGAGUGAUAUCUUGUGCGAACAGAAUGGCAAAGAUGUCGGUUGGCAAGAUGGACGCGUUUGAUCGGCAAAAAGACAAUUGGGCGACGUAUAUAGACAGGCUGGAGCAGUAUUUUAUCGUUAAUGAGGUGCAAGAGGACCGCAGAGUACCAUUAUUAAUUACCGCGAUGGGAGCAGAUAGCUACGAGUUAUUAGUAACCCUGUGUACUCCGACUAAGCCAUCAGAAAAAACCUACAGUGAACUUGUCAAACUUAUGUUAAAUCAUCUGCAACCGCGGCCGAGUGUUUUAGCGGAAAGAUAUAAGUUUCGUCAACGCAAGCAGUCUAAACAUGAAUCGAUAGCGGAUUUCAUUGCGGACUUGCAAAGGCUAACUAAAUAUUGUGAUUUUGGUACGUGGUUGGAUGACAGCUUGCGAGAUCAAUUUGUAUGUGGAUUGUAUAAUGAGACUAUUCGACAGCGGUUAUUUACGGAAAAUGAUCUGAAGUUUGCUAAUGCUAAGGGGUUGGCAAUAGCGAUGGAGGCAGCAGAGGUAAAUGCGGCAGCUGUAGAAAGUCGAGGUCGUUCAUCAGCGAAUGACGCCACGGCGCCGUGUUUUUCUAUAAGCAACGAAAAAAAAUCAAAUUUCAAGACGCCAUCACGGAACAGCCGAAGUUAUCCGAAACGGGACGAGCAGACCAAAAUAGUUAGCACCGAAGUUAACCGAUGGAGGCCGAACGGACAGCGGCCGAACAAUAGUUACCGGGGACCUGUGACGUCGAGAUCAGCUGACGGCAGCCGCGCGCAAUUAGGUCAAGGUCAAGGGACGUGCUCAGCGUGUGGAGGUGCGCAUGCGACUCAGACAUGCAAAUUUCGUCUUUAUGUAUGCCGUGUGUGUAAUCAAGACGGACACUUGAAAAAGAUGUGCCCCAGGUUGACAAAAGUUAACUACGUUGAGGAUGAGUAUUCGGAAGAGGAAACAUAUGACUUAGAGUUCCAGGUUUAAGAAUGUGUUCUCGGAGGGCCUGGGGAGGUACAACGGCGGGCUAGUGUCACUGCGAGUGCGGCC